AAAUUCGAAUUGUCUGGCAUUCUACCAGCUCCUCGUGGGGUACCUCAAAUCGAAGUUACCUUCGAUAUUGAUGCCAACGGUAUCUUGAACGUCACUGCACUGGAUCGUUCCACCAACAAGGAAAACAAGAUCACCAUCACCAACGACAAGGGCCGUCUGUCAAAGGAGGAUAUCUAACAUAUGGUCAACGAAGCUGAAAAAUACCAAAAUGAAGAUGAGAAGCAAAAGGAAACCAUUGACUCCUUGAAAUCGUACUGCUUCAACAUGAAGGCUACAUUGGACGAAGGCAACUUGAAGACCAAGAUCUGCAAGUCGGACCGCACCACCACCAUGGAGAAAUGCAACGAGAACAUCAAAUGGUUGGAUGCCAAUCAAUUGGCCGAUAAGGAUGAAUACGAGCAUCGUCAAAAGGAAUUGGAAGGUGUUUGCAACCCUAUCAUCACCAAGUUGUACCAAGGUGCUGGUGGAGCUCCCGGUGAUAUACCCGGCGGUAUGCCUGGCUUCCCCGGUGGCGCUGGUGCUGCUCCCGGUGCCGGUUCCGGUGCUGGUCCCACCAUCGAAGAAGUCGAUUAAACAACCAAUUGACGAAAAACUAUUAAUUCUCCAUACAGUAUAUUGUCUACUCCAAUUAAAAUUAAAUACUAUGCUGCUUGGAUUUUAAAUUAAACCCUAGAACAACUGCU